AUGGUUUCCUUUUCAAAGGUUUUGCAUUCGAACUUUUUGCUUGUGAGUCAAUCUAUAUUUCAAGAUGUCGCAACUCCUCAACAAGCUGCUACAGAUCAAUAUUCAGUUAUCAAUUUCCUCGGCGGAUCAGCGCCUUACAAACAAGGAUCCAGGUACGGAAUUAGUACUGACAAUCCGGAUAAGUGCACAGUAGAACAUGUCCAAAUGAUCUCACGACAUGGAGAGAGAUUUCCUUCAAAAAGUGAUGGAGCUUAUUUCGACACUGUGAUGGAUGCUUUCAAAAGUUACGAUAAGGAGUUCAGAGGCGACUUGUCGUUUUUAAAUAAUUAUGAGUAUUUCGUGACAAAUAAAGAGUAUUACGAGAAGGAAACGAGUCCAACGAAUUCUGAGGGCACAUUUGCUGGUACAACAACUGCACUUCGACAUGGGGCAUAUUUUAGACAACGGUAUCAAGGUUUGUUUGAUGGCGGCAAUUUCACUGUGUUUACUACCAAUUCUGGAAGAUGUUAUCAAACUGCAAACUAUUUUGCCCGAGGAUUCUUGGGUGAUGAAUGCUCGGAAGAUCAUGUGGAGUAUGUCGUCAUUGACGAGGACCCAAAAAUGGGUGCCAAUUCAUUGACACCACGGUACGCGUGCAAGAAUUUAGACGAUAUCAAUAACGACGAAAUAGUUGAUCAAUUUGACAAGAGCUAUCUACAAGACAUAUUGCACAGAUGGCAACAGCAAAAUCCAGGGUUGAAUUUGACUACUGCCCAAGUAUCUUCCUUAUUCUUGUGGUGUGCUUUUGAAAUCAAUGUGAGAGGAUCGUCACCAUUCUGUUCCCUAUUCACUAACGAGGAGUUUAUAAAGAGUGGCUACAGAAAUGACUUGACAAAUUAUUACUCCAUCGGACAAGGUAACAAUUUGAGCACAACAGUUGGUUCUCCCAUGGUAGUAGCCUCAUUAAGGCUACUUCUUGAUGAGGCAGCCGCAAACAAAAUAUGGGUUAUGUUCACUCAUGACACAGAUAUGGAGUUUUACUUAUCAUCGAUGGGGUUAAUCAACCCGGAAAAGAAUUUACCCGUUGAUCAUGUCCCAUUCCCUAAUCCAUACAAUGCAGCACAGAUGUUUCCUCAAGGGGGUAGAACUUAUUUGGAAAAAUUGAAAUGUGACGACAAAAUGUACGUUCGGUUCAUUAUGAAUGAUGCAGUUGUACCUUUCCCCAACUGCAACAAUGGAGUUGACUUUUCCUGCCCUUUGGAUCAAUUUGUCGAUAUUGUGAAGUCAAGACUAGAUGGUGUAGACUAUUCAAAACAAUGUGGUAAUUCAGGUCCAUCGAAUUUGACAUUCUUUUGGGAUUACAAGGAGGUGCAGUAUGAUGCUCCAUUGAUCGAUCAGUAG